UUGUGAACAGCGUUUUGUUGUAAGUCGCUGUUUGACAACGUCAAAAUUGUGCGCCACUUAUGGCACAGCGGGCGCAUGUUGAAUCAGCACCGGCGAGGCCGUUUAACUAGUAACUGAUCUAAAAUGACGGUGUUUCACGACGAGGUUGAAAUAGAGGAUUUUGAGUAUGAUGAAGAAACAGAAACAUAUUAUUUUCCUUGUCCAUGUGGCGACAGAUUCGCGAUAACGAAGGAGGAUCUUGAGGAUGGUGAAGAAGUGGCCACCUGUCCGAGUUGCUCACUUAUAGUAAAAGUAAUCUAUGAUAAGUUCAUGUGUGGAGAAGUAAUUGAAGCACCAAAAACAUCAGAAAACAAACUGGAGCUGGCCCAGAGUUGAGAGAUAGACAUCAACAUGACUCUUGACCUGAUCCUUUGCGCUGAUAAUGGACUUAAUAUGCACAUCUGUCAUUUUACAGUUACUCACUACAUAUGGAGAUCUUUUGUGAGGAUACUGACCACAUGGACUUGAUACAUUUAGCACCAAUAUUUUGCACACAAGUUACUAUUCUGUUAAAGUUAUUAUUUAUUUUAAUUUUUUUUAACUUUAAAAAAUAUGCCCUGUUCUUGCUUGAAAAUACAUUUUCAGGAAUUGAGAACAUCUGGAGUUUGAUUACGUUGUAUAAAGACUUGUAUAUAAUA